AUAUUAGACAAAUUUUAUCAAUAUAGACAAAUCUUGAUAACGGUCACCAUGGCAUUGCAUUUAACGGCUCAUGAUAUACUUAGCAUUUGAUCAAACGCCUUAGAAAGUCCCAUUAAGGAGGCUUUAAUUACUAGGUCGUCAAUCUUAAAUUGUGUGUGAUCUAAUUAAGACCUGGCAAGUAAUUGAAUAAGAACAAAUAACGCUGCUUAUCCACUAAAAUUGUCAUUGUUAAUAAGACCGAGUUACUGUAAUUAGGACAACCAUAUAGUUGAACUACUCCUUGAUCUCUCCACCCCAAAACCAAUCCCUCUGUUCUCUUCCUCUGCUUUCUUCCUCUGUAGACCUUUCAACAAUGGCUCUUUCCAACCCUUAUCCAUACCUUUUCAACGUCAUCGUCUUCUUCCUGUUGCUAAUCACGAAUGCCAAGUCCGUUUUCUUCAACUUUACCUCUUUCCAUCCUAACAUGGUUGACAUACAAUUCGAAGGUGAUGCAUUUCCAUCCGGUAAUGUUCUGCAGCUCACUAAGAAUCAAGCUGAUGGUCCCCUCACUGGCAGCAUAGGCCGAGCGUCGUAUAACAAACCGGUGAAGAUUUGGGAUGCAGGAACACGAAAGCUUACAGAUUUCACCACCCAUUUCUCAUUCAUCAUGAAACAACUUGAUGCCCAAAUAUAUGGUCAUGGCAUAGCCUUCUUUAUUGCACCAUUUGAUGCAAAGCUUCCUCAGAAUUCAAGUGGGGGUUACCUUGCACUAUUCAGCAAUGAUACUGCUUUCAAUCUCUCGAGCAAUCAGAUUGUUGCUGUUGAGUUUGAUAGUUUCUGGAAUGAAUGGGAUCCGAGCUCUGAUCACGUAGGAAUCAAUAUCAACUCCAUCAUCUCAGUAACAAAUGUGACAUGGAAAAGUAGCAUUAAAAACGGAUCAAUAGCAAAUGCUUGGGUAAGUUAUAACUCCACCACUCAAAAUCUAAGUGUUUAUCUUACGUACGCUGAAAAUCCAAAAUUUGGUGGGAAAUCUAGCCUUUCAUAUAUUGUUGAUUUGAGGAAGUUGUUGCCGGAAAGGGUUAGAUUUGGUUUCUCUGCAGCUACUGGAGAAGUGAUAGAAAUACAUAACCUUCUUUCCUGGUCAUUUAACUCAACCUUGGUGGAUGAGAGAAAGAAAAGCAAAACAGGAGUAUGGAUUGGUAUAGCUGUGGGAUUUGGUGUUUUGGCCAGUGGGUUAGCUCUACUUUGGGUAAUCUUGAGGAUUACAGUGAGGAAUAAGGAAAAGGAGGCAUACGAUGCCUCCAUGGAUGACGAAUUUCAGAAAGGAACUGGUCCAAAGAGGUUCACUUACCGUGAACUGAGCCGUGCAACCAAAAACUUUGCAGAGGAAGGGAAGCUCGGAGAGGGAGGAUUCGGAGGUGUCUACAAAGGUUUAUUAGCUGAAUCCAACACAGAAGUGGCAGUGAAGAGGGUUUCAAGAGGAUCAAAGCAGGGGAAAAAGGAGUACAUAUCAGAAGUGAAAAUCAUCAGCCGUUUGAGACACAGGAAUUUGGUUCAACUCAUUGGUUGGUGCCACGAACAAGGUGAGUUCCUUCUUGUCUACGAGUUUCUUCCCAAUGGAAGCCUUGAUUCUCAUCUAUUCCACGAGAAAAUCUUGCUAACUUGGACUGUAAGGUACAGAAUAGCACUUGGCUUGGCCUCUGCUCUGUUGUACCUUCAUGAAGAGUGGGAACAAUGUGUUGUGCAUAGAGAUAUCAAGUCCAGCAAUGUCAUGUUGGAUUCAAAUUUCAAUGCUAAACUCGGAGAUUUCGGCCUAGCAAGGCUUGUAGACCAUGAAUUAGGGUCCCAAACAACAGUUUUGGCGGGCACCAUGGGUUACUUAGCUCCAGAGUGUGUCACAAUUGGUAGAGCUAGUAAAGAAUCCGAUGUCUAUAGUUUUGGGGUGGUUGCACUUGAAAUCAGCUGUGGAAGGAGGCCAGUUGAGCCAAAGGCAGAUCCAAGCCAGGUAAGGCUGGUUGAGUGGGUUUGGGACCUCUAUGGUCAAGGCCAAAUCCUUAAAGCAGUUGACAAGGGAUUAAAAAUGGACUUCGAUGAGCGACAGGUUGAGUGCUUGAUGGUUGUUGGGCUAUGGUGUUGCCAUCCUGACCUGGCUAACCGGCCCUCUAUAAAGCAGGUGAUAAGUAUUCUGAAUCUUGAAGCUCCAUUGCCUAGCCUGCCUGCAAAGUUGCCAGUGCCAAUGUACUAUGCACCUCCAUUGCAAAUGUGUAGAUUCUCAUAUGCAUCAUCUGGUUCUCCACAUACAGGGUCAAUUACAGAUCGAACUCAAUGUUCUUGUAGCAGUUGCACUACUUAUUCAUCCACAUCAGCAGGCUCUUCUAAAUCUCUGUUGAAGUCUCAUAAACCUGGGAUGUAAAAUGUCAAAGCUUCUUUUGUUUCAAGUCCAGUUGACGGAAAGCAAAUAAAAUAGGGGAAAAAAAAAAUAGUAGUUAGCGAACCUCAAUUAGAUAUUAAUUAUUGUGUGUGCUGCUUCAGCUAUGGUAAGAACUUCUUGGUUGAACUGUAGUUCAUUUGGUGAUUGUAUUAAUUAAUUCUUUGGAGUCUAUAUUAACAAAAAGCGAAGAUUGCAAUCUAAAGGAUGUAGUGAUAAGUUGUAUACUGGUUGUUUAGCAGGUGGGUUGUUUGUGUAUUUUUGUCAAUUAUUUGGUCUUCCAAAUCCUGUAUUUUGCAGAUCGGCAAUUGCAUCUUUUUCUUCCUUACAACGACCAUGACCGCUACUGAUAAUAAGGAUUAGGUCAGGACAUUAUACUUACAACAAAGAUAGAAAUUACAAGUUAAUAAAACAAAAUGAAACUAAAAAUGACUGUGUUCUGUAUCCCAAUGCAACGUCUUUAUCCCCCCAAUGAAGAGAUACAAGUUUACCAUAGUUCAACCGAAAUAAAUCAAAACAAAGAGACUCCGAACACGUGCACCGUAAUUCAGAGUUACACUUUUCUUGCUUUUCAUCUUUGGUCCACAAGAGUAUUCUAAACCCCUUUAGACCACCCAAAUCUCUCUUCCCAGCUGAAAGAAACCUAGAUUUCUAGCCUGCAGAAGAAGAUUGAGGAAACACAAGAAAUAGAAUUUCUGAAUGUCGAAUACCUUGAUUUCUGAAGCUCUGAUUUGUUUUUAGAAACCAAACACCCCUUCCACAUGUCAAUACCCGAACCAAUGAAUUCUAGCCACCUAUGAUACAGAACACA